AUGGAAUACAUUAAAAUUGCUAAGGUUGAUGAUGUUCUGCUGCAUAGGAAAGGAAAUGUCAUUAAGGGAAGUUUGCAUUUGACAACACACCACCUGAUAUUCACUUCGACUUCCUUGAAUAGAGAGUUCUGGGUCUCAUAUCCGACCAUUGGAUCAGUUUUCAAAAAUCAUGGCAGUGCAUUGUUAGCAAAAAUGGAUAAGAUGGAGCCCUCAGGAAUUACGAACAGCUACACCGAUUACUAUAAAGAGGAGGAUCUAUGGUCUUUCACUAAUAUUAAAAUAGUCGGUAAAGACUAUACUGUAUUUUCAAUAGAUUUCUGUGAUGCCGUGGAGGCAAGAGGGGUUUAUGAAUCACUUAUCAAACUGACAGUGUUGAAUGAUAUAACGCAGCUAUAUGCAUUCAUAUUUAAACCAAAUAAUGCAGAAAAAAACAUAGAUAGCUGGCGAAUAUACAAUGUUGUUAAAGAGUUUGAAAGACAGGGCCUAAAUUUGGAUUUCGAGGGUGGACCCUGGAGAAUUUGCAACAUAAAUGAGGAUUAUAGAUUUUCACCUACAUAUCCGAGUAAAAUAAUAGUUCCCAGUCAAGUUUCAGAUACUCUUUUGACACAUGCUGUGAAAUAUCGAUCACAAGGUCGUAUUCCUGCCUUAACGUAUUACUACAAAAAAACCGGCUGUACCAUAACAAGAUCUGCCCAGCCGUUAACGGGUCUUACGAAGCAGCGUUCGGUCCAAGAUGAGAGACUCGCAUCAGAAAUCUUUCAAGCAUCCCGAGUAAUCGCAACGGAAUUUGCUACUCAGCAAAAAAAUAUUAUUGUAGACGCAAGGCCUAUCACUAAUGCAAUGGCGCAGGCAGCUCUUGGAGGUGGUACGGAAAGUAUGGAAAAUUACAACUUCAACAAAACCUGUAGCCGAACAUUUUUGGGUAUUGAUAAUAUCCACGUCAUGUCAGAAACUUUAAAUAAUGUGGUUGAUAACUUUUUGGUGGAUGGCGAUUUGAAUAUACCAAUUGACAAAGUGCUACUUAACUCUGGAAAAUCUUCAAAUUGGCUAAAAUAUGUAAAACUUCUGUUAUCAUCAACCGACAAGUUAACAAAAUCAAUAAUUUUCAACAAUUCUAAUAUUUUAAUUCACUGUUCUGAUGGUUGGGAUAGAACGGCUCAAGUCUGCUCCCUUGUACAGAUAUGUCUCGAUCCGUAUUAUAGAACGAUGGAAGGCUUCAUGGUUUUGGUCGAAAAGGACUGGCUUUCAUUUGGACAUAGAUUUCAAGAGAGGACAGGUGUUUUGAGCUCUGAGAGCAUUUUUCAUGACAAUACGGUGGGGUUCAGUGGUGUCUCAAACCCCUUAUCUCAAUCGAACACCACUGAUUUUAAUUCGAGCAGUACAUUAUUCGGGAAGGACGGCAAUGAAUUAUCAGAAAUGGAAAGCACGAUAAAUAUUUCACCUAGCAGUGUACUGAAUACGGAUAUUGUUAAUAAAGUGUCAGAACAUUUCAAAAGAAAAAAGAAAAAUAGGAAAAUCAUGAAGUUCACCUCACCGAUUUUUCAACAAUUUUUGGAUUGUGUAUAUCAACUGUUGCAUCAGAAUCCAGAUCUUUUCCAGUACAACGAGAGAUUCCUUAGAAGACUCGUCUACCAUCUGUACUCUUGUCAAUAUGGAACAUUCCUGUAUAACAGCGAAAAGGCACGAGUCGAAGGUGACGCAUUUAUAAAAACCAGGAGCGUAUGGGAUUACUUCAGAUCUAGAAAAGAAGAGUUUACUAACAAAAACUAUUCGCCUGAAAUUUCGUUGAAGUCUGAAAAUGAUGCAGAGGUUGUCGAAGAUUGGAUUCUUCCCGAUCUGCAAAAGAUACAGUGGUGGUCUCAAUUAUAUGGGAGGAAGGAUUCGGAAAUGAAUGGUAUUGCUGUGAAGGAUGAUUCCAGUCAUGGAAGUAUAACCAAUGCAAUGGGGAACGAUCAAGUAAAAAAAGAAGUCUCUAGAAGUUCAGGAAUCAAAUUUCCUACCUUUGGAUUUGAUUUCUUCGGCAAAAAGUAG